AGACACUCCAAAAAGCCUAUAUGCGAAAACUACCUCACUGUCAUAUAUAAUAUUGUGUUUUCUUCCUGUUAAAUAUAAAAUACCUGGUGAUUUUUAAAUUCAUGCUUAACUGAAAAAAAAUGGAAUUCGCUUCGAUUAUAUUGGUAUUGCUGGUGCUUUUAACAGCUAAAUGCGACUCAUGUCCUGGACGAUGCCUGUGCUGCAUGAACGACAUAUGUGGAACAGACUCAAGAGGCAUGGAGCAGACGUGUUUAGAAGGCUGCAAAGAUGGGUAUCAUCAACCUCGCUGCAUGUGGCCAUGUCCAGACCACUGUCAGACUUGUCGCCAAAGUGACGGUGUAUGUCAAACAUGUCAACCAGGCUUUUACGCACCCUCUAACAAUUGUUCAAGUGCAUGUGAUUACACAAACUGCGCGUGUGUUCAAAGUAUAUGUGAUAAUUGCCUUGAUGGGUUUUACGAUGUUGGCAGCCAUUGCGAUUCGGUUUGUUCCAAAGGGUGCAGUGAGGAAAAAUGCAAUGAUGAUGGCACGUGCGAAUGUAAAGCAAAUUUUGAAGGAAAUGAAUGUGACGUAUGCGUUAUAGGUAAAUACGGGGAAAAUUGCAAUAUUAAUUGUAACAACGAGAACUGCAGAUGCAUAGACUCAACACAUUGCAUUUCCUGCAGACCAGGCUAUUUUGACUUAUCUACUUUUUGUUCGAAACAGUGUUCCGUAGGCUGUAAGGACAUUUGUAGCAAUGAAGGCCACUGUACAUGUCUUUCGCAAUUUUCCGGAAGAACCUGUGAAAACUGUAAACCUGGAUAUCACGGUAAAAAUUGCAACACGCCAUGUUCAAAUGGUUGCAUCAAUGGAAUGUGCAAUAGAGAUGGUUCGUGUAAAUGCUCACCCAAUUUCACCGGACGAAUGUGCGAAACCUGUGUUGCAAGACAGUAUGGAUUUUUUUGUGAUACACCUUGCGGACAAGGUUGUACAGACAAUACCUGUUACAAAGACGAUGGCACAUGUAAUUGUGAAUUCAACUACAAAGGUGCACUUUGUAAUACUUGUAAUGACGGCUAUUUUGGUAAUCUUUGUAACUCAAUUUGCCCGGAUCGCUGUUUUAAUUGUAGUACAAGUGAAAACUGCUACACGUGCAACGAAGGUAAUUUUGGUUUAGACUGUUCACUCAACUGCUCGGCUAAUUGCGUCGGCUCAAUUUGCGGAAAAAGUAACGGCCUUUGUUUAGAUGGUUGCCUGGAUGGAUUUACAGCUGACUCUUGCAAUGACUCUUGUGAUGGCUUUUGUAAAACAUGCUCUCAGACAAAUUCUACAUACUGCACAUCAUGUUUCGAUGGAUUUAGCGGAUCUGAGUGUAAAUGUAUUCCAAACUGCCGAUGUGAAUUAAACAGUGAAGUGUGUAAUGAGUGCACAAAUGGAUUUGAAAUGAAAAGCAAGGAUUGCAAAUGUAACAGAAGUUAUUGUUUAAAUAGCAUGCAUUGUACAACGUGUCAAAAUAACAAGUUCUACACUUUUAAUGAUACAUGUUGUGAAUGUAACAAACUUUGUAAAAAUAAACAAUGCUCGUCAGAGACCCACUGCUUGAUUGGCUGUGACGACGGAUAUACCGGGGCAAACUGUGCAGAUUUAUGUACAGAUUACGAUCACGAUUGUACAAAAUGUAGUCAGAAUGAGCAUUUCUGUGUUCAGUGUAAAGGCGGGCUCACCCCAAACACAGAUGGUGUAUGUGCAGUACAAUGUAGAGAAACCUGUGUCAACAAAGAGUGUGAUGCUAAAACAGGCCGGUGCCAUUUAGGUUGUAUUCGCAACUUUUACGCCGACAAAUGCGAUUUAGUAUGCCCCUCAACAUGCGCAUCUGUACCAAACAAAACAAGAUGUGACAACUAUGGUAGAUGUUUACAUGGAUGCAUUGAAGGAUACAACGGGGUCACCUGUGUAAAUGCAACAACGACGAAUACAUGCGAUUCAUCUGCUGCUGGGAUAGUUGGAGGAGCUGUCGGUGGUGCGAGCACAAUUAUAAUUGUGAUUAUUGGAAUUGUUCUGUGCAUACAAAGGAGAAAACAACAAAAGAAACAAUCUGAAAGUGGCAGCCAAGUUCGAUUCAGUAACCAUAAUCCGUUCAUAAUAGAAGAGCAGGAAAGGCACUAUCAAAAAUUGAGCGACCGACAUAAUACGACGGCUAGAGUACAAGAUGAAGCGUACACUGAAUUGCAAACAAACAGCAUGGACUAUGAGCGUGUGGAUAGUUAAUGCGAAACAACUUCCUGUUGCUAACUUUAAGUUCAUGAUCAUGUGUACUAUUCGAUUUUUUUUUACUUCCUGUGAAUGAAGUGAGUACUAAAAGUUGCAGUAACAUUUUCUAACAUUUGACUGUUUUUAUAGUAAAGUAUUCAAAGCGCAGGCGCAUCAUCAAUUUAUGUCUAUGCAAAAAAAUGACUUUGACAGUGUGCAAAGCUUAUUGACUCAUAAUUGCAAUUAACACACAAUAGGCGGAGCCUUGUUUCCCAGGACAACGAAAUACAUACAUAAAACAAAAUAAAUAUAUCAAAUUUCAGCUAAAAUCCUUUAGGUAAGAAUUCUUAUUCGGCGUUUUGUUUAUCCUUCAUUUCAGUUCGUACUAUUAAAUACAUCUAAAGGACGUGUACAAUUAGUGUAAUAUCCUUAAAUCUACUCCAACGACAACAAACACAGGCCUCAUACUCAAUUGUUAUUUCAUAGUUUCUUAAUAUUAAUCGGAUUUAUCUGCAAAAGCCAAUGGGUAAAGAGAUUACCAAUAUUACAAAAAUACUACAAUUGAACAUUAAGCGUUAGUAUAAUAACAUCCCAAAGUGCAAUAUAAUAAACAACAUUGGUAUUGGUUCCUAAUGAAUUUAUUGAUUGAAAUAUGUAAAAUGAAACGUUGACGUGUCGAUACAAAUUCAACCAUUAUACCAUCAUUUUGUUGAAAAAAGUAUUUCCCGAUUUGAAAUCAUUCUGACAUUUCCUUAUGGCUUUAUAUCAUAUGUGUACUUUAGUAAUCAUAUAUAGUUUAUGUUAAAACAAGAAUAUCCCUCCGCUAAGUAAUGUAUGAACAAACAAUAUAUAUGUUUCUUUUGAUGUUGUGAGAUAUAGGCCUCAAUAAACAUAAGUGUA